UUAACAGGUGAAUAAAGGCUAUGUCUAGCAUGCCCACAAAUAUGGCAUCAGCAGAGGCGGAAAUCGUUUCGGAUGGUGGGGCGAGUGGCAAUACCCCCAGCAGCCGGGAGGCUCGCAAUUUAGCAGAGAAGCAUCGCAGAGACAAAUUGAAUGCAAGUAUACAGGAGCUGGCCUCCAUGGUGCCGCACGUUGCGGAUGCCACUCGACGGCUAGACAAGACCGGUGUUUUGCGUCGCGCCACGCACGGUUUACGGCUCCAAUAUGUAUUUGGCAAGUCGGCGCCGAGGAGGCAAAAUGGUGGCCACGUACCAGCGCUCAUCGAUGAACCACAUUUCACAGAUGCGCUCACGCACUUGCUUGACAGUUUUUUUAUAACAUUAACCUGUCAUGGCCAAAUCGUUGUCAUAUCCACAAGCGUGGAGCAACUACUCGGCCAUUGUCAAUCCGAUCUCUACGGACAGAACAUACUGAGCAUUACACAUCCAGACGAUCAUGAGCGGCUGUUACAGCAGCUAAUACCACGUGAUAUGGAAGCGUUAUUCCGCAGCAGUAAUGAAUAUCAACUACAUCACCCGCCACCAACAGGCAAUCAGGCAGACGAAGUUUUAGAAACUGAAUGCUCAGCGGAGGACUAUCACCAACAACAGGCGUCUGAGCAGUCCCAUUGUCGUAGCAACAGCCCGCAGCAACACACAGAUGCCUACUUGGGCGACAUUGAUCGACGCUUGCGUAACGAUCGACGUACUUUCGCAAUACGAUUAGCGCGCGCGGGUACGCGGUCAGAGGCGACUCGCAAGUACGAGUUAGUGAAAUUUGACGGUUGCUUUCGACGGAGCGACUACUCCUGCUCCGCCGGCACAUUCCCUAUUGUAUCGAAGUUAAUACGGCGGACGCGCAACAAUGGAGACAUCGCCGGUCUGCAUAUGAUGCAGCACGACGUCAUACAACAGGCAGCGAUGCACGGCAUCAGUGGCAACGAUGUGGUGCUUGUAGCGAUGGCACGAAUCAUACGAUCACCAAAGAUAAUACAUUGCCUGUCAAACGACACUGGCGUAUUGGAAUAUAAAACGAGGCAUUUAAUCGAUGGGCGCAUUGUAGACAGUGAUCAACGUAUAGGAUUAGUAGCGGGCUAUAUGAAAGACGAGGUUUAUAAUCUCAGUCCCUUCUCCUUCAUGCAUCAGGAUGAUGUACGUUGGGUUAUUGUGGCGCUACGACAGAUGUACGAUAAUAACGAGGAUAAAGGCGAAAGCUAUUAUAGACUACUCACACGCAACGGCCACUUUAUUUACUUGCACUCGAGGGGCUACAUCGAUGUUGCGGAUAAAUCUCGCAAUGUCACCUCUUUCGUUUGCGUCAACACGCUUCUGGACGAGGAGGAGGGCCGUCGCCGCCUGCAGGAGAUGAAAAAUAAAUUCUCAACAAUAAUUAAAACAAAGAUACCAAGCAAUUCACUGCUGGAUGCACCCGCUGCCGAGAAUCCCCAACAACUGGAGCGCAUCGUACUUUAUUUAAUCGAUAAUUUACAGCCGCGACACGACAACGGCAAUGGAACGGGUUGUGGUGAAGACACCAACACGCAGGCUGACAAUGUGCGGUAUGCUCGAACGCCGCCGAUGUCUCUCGUGCCGCCCGAACCCGCCUCGGUUAAGAACUCAAUUUCACAGUCAGUGUCGGUUGUGAAUGUGACAGCGGCUAGAAAUUUGCAACACAAUCUCAGUCACAUGAAAAGUCCGCGUAGCGUCACCAGCAGCGAUUUGUCGCUAUCACCGGCCAGUAGCAUUGACUUAGGCGACGACUUUGGCGACAGCAUGGGCGCCGUGCCUCCCAAUUCCAUCCACUCCAAUACGGCGACCACGGCGGCGAACAGCACGCAACGGCCGAGUGUGCUGCAGCUAAAUACACAAGCAAGUACGAGUGCCCCUCUUUCGUCGCCACAAUUGGCGGUUAGUGUGCUCGAGCAGCGUCUGACUGUGGCGUCGCAAGCAAAAACAUCGAAUGAGCAUACGACAUCGGCUGACUCUAAUUUCAACGGUGGUAAGGUUGUGCCACAACAGCAAUCACACACAUCUGUUUUGAAGCGUUUGCGUCCAGCGGCAUCUAUCGCCGCAGCCGCUGGUGCUGCCUCGACUAGCACAACCAUUAACAGCAGCAUCGUUUUCGAAGAUAGUGUCAGCCCAGCAAAGCGUUGUCCAAGCGUCAUGGCAGCAAACUCACCCGAAAUGUUGCCAACCACAGUCAUUGCGAAGCCCGCAGAAAUACACGCGGUCAUCAGCAACUCGCUGGAGAACAUCGAUCAGUCGCUGCAGAGCAUACAGAAGAAUGCGCGUACUUUGUGCCAACAGCAUGCACGCCUGCUGCCAAAACCGGUGCCACAAGCCUUCAAUCACAAACUAGAUGCCAUCUUUGUGGAGCACCAGCGGCAGGCUGAGCAGCUAAUCAACAUCAGGAACGAAUACGACGUGCAUUUGCAGCAUAAGCAGCAGCACCAAUAUGCAUUGACUAGCGUCGAAACGACAACACGAGCACCACAAUAUCAACAGCUGCCGCUGCAGCAACUACAACUGCCGCCGCAGCAACACCAGCAGCAGCUACAACUACAGCAGGCUGACACAGCACAGCUGCAAUUGACGGCCAACCACAAGGAACCGACAGCAAUGUUGAAUCAGCUGGAGAAAAGGCUGUAGUUUCUUGUAGCUUGCCUGUAGUAGCAGGUGGCUUGGGCAAUAGCUUUGAAGUUGCAGAGGUUUAUUGGUGCGGAUAGCUAAAUUCAGCAGCGCCGGCUUAGAUGGGAGCGACGAAACGGAGUGUGCCAGCGAACAGUGAUGGCCUGCUGGGCAAGUGGCUAGCGAAUAUUUCGAGUAAGUGUGAGGGCAAAGGCUGGUGGGCGUGCAGCUAUUGCGUGCAUUCUGAUUUGUUACCCAAUAACAAAACAUUAACAAAAAAAGUUCAAAUUCUCUACCUAACCAACAAAUUAUUUCCAUUUAAUAUUGCUAUGAUGUUGUUCGCUGACCACGACAAACAUAUGUACAUACUUCCAUAUGUGCUUUGGUGAAAGGAAACGUAUGUAGUAUGCACAUAUGUAUGUCUGCACACCAGUGUUAUAAGCAUUGUAGCUCCUGAGUACCAUACUUGGGUUUGUUUUUGUAUUUAAGAAACUUGCGUUGAGAAUUGUUGGUGUUUAAAAUACAGCUAAUAAGACUAGAAGCAAGAGGGAUGAAUAUUGCAGCAAUAAAUGGCAACGGAAGUGAAAACGACGUUAAAAAGUGCUUAAAAAUUUGGAAAAAACAACAGUUAUUCAGCUAUUAUUGUAAAUAGUGCAUAUUUAAAACUUAAUCGUCCAACGAUUUUGAGUUGUGAACAAAAAAAUGGUUUUGGGCGAACAAGUGCCAGGCAACAAGAGCUGUGCGAAUCAGAAACUGAUUUUCGAUGUAGAUUUCCGGGAAAUCAAUCAAUUUUAUCACAACAUUUGGUACUAACGAAACAAAAAUUUUUUUGAAGAUAAGAGAGCUGUCAAAAUUG